AUGAUCGCCGAACUGGCAGCGCGGCUCCGCCACCUCGCUGAUGGCAUAUCAACCAACUGCAAUGAAGACCCUCGCGAAGAGUCGAGGAAUGCACUCCGAAAGGCUGUAACGGAGUUGGAUCAAGGUGUCGUCAAGAGCCACUCACACGACGACUCUUAUGUGCUGGUGCUGGUUGAUGCGCAUAGCUACCCGUUCAACGGCGACAUCUUCUAUCGAUCCACCGACCAGAGCUACCCCGCCCUAGAUCGUGACAAACCAUUCAACAUCAAGAAGAGACUUCAUGAACCGAUUCGGAAGCACUUGAUCGAUGCAUCCUCCUCAGCUACACCUCACAAGAGCACGAAGGAGCACUCAUUCAAGGUCUCGUCCUCAGCGACACUUGGCACGUCUCGGAUCGUGGUGCGCGUCUACGCCAACACCACCAAGCUAGAGAACGAUCUACUUCGCCCUUUGAAACAGUUUGCUGUUCAAUUAUCCUCCAUGGAUUCCGACUUUGACUUCCUCGGCGUUGGAAAUGAGGCAAUGGUGGAGCUCAAGGUCGUCGAUGCUUUUCAGGCAGCUCGCAAAGGCCCAGACUGCAAGCAUGUUUUCGUCGCUGCUUGGAAACGCCCAGGCUACAUUUCGAUGCUACAAACGCACUCCGAGAAUGUCACGCUGAUCCAAGGACACGGCAUGGGAGCAGGUGCCAAGUUCAUCCCUCUAACAUGCGCUGUGAUUAGCAUCCCAGAGGUGUUCAAUAAGCCUCUGGAACAAGACCUCUUCUUGUCACUCACAUCUCACUCAACUGAGAAGCACAUCAUCACCGCAAUAGUCAGCGACAAGGUCUCUUGCAAGGAUGGUCACUGCGGGCGUUCACAUACUAAAACGAACCCUGACGACAUGGGUGAGAAGAUUGUGCUCAGACCGUCUACAAACAUCCUACAUCAGCCAGGAUCCUUACCACGAGUCCACGAAGCAAUUGCUGGUCGUAUACCCGUCAAUGCAAAGGGACAACGUCUUGACUACUACACCCAAAUGCCUUCUACUAGUGAUUGGCAGGACUACAUGUGGAGAAUUGGAAAAGACGUCAAGCCUUGUCGAUCGUUCCAUCUCGCGAACGGAUGUAGCUUUGGAGAUAAUUGCUGUUACGGUCACUCUUAUAUCAGCCCCCAAGUCGUAGAGGCAUUCCAAUAUACAGUCAAGAGGAUACCAUGCUCUAGGGGAAGCCAUUGCCCUGUUAUCGACUGCAUCUAUGGCCAUAUCUGCCAAGAGGCUAACUGCAUCACGGACGGCCUGACAUCAUGCAGCAUGAGGAAGUUCCAUGGCGUGGAUCUUGUGUUCGCAUCGUGGAAACAGGGCAGAUAUCUUUCUGAAUUUGCUACCGGAGGUUCUUUUCAAUUGCCGGAAACACACGUGGAAGAAGCUUCAACUGAGUCGUUCUUGUUCUAG